AUGGCGACCAAGACAAUACGAGGUGAUGAAGCGGAGCCGGCGCGUCCAAAGCUGCCAUUAAAGCCACAGGUGGUACGCAUUGAAGUACUGGGUGAUGAGAAGGUGGGCAAGACGUCUCUUAUUUGCUCACUGGUGUCACGCCACUUUAGCGAGAGGGUACCGAGCGUGCUCCUCGACGUUCAGAUCCCAGCCGAAGAGAGCGACGAGAACGUCAUCAUUUCAAUCACUGACACUUCAUCCCGCGUGUCGGACUUGAUGCGCGUGACGAACGCAACCAAGCGUAGCGACGCCAUUUUAUUGGUGUACGACCUGACGAGACCCGAGACGUUUCAGCGGCUGCGACGUUGGUUGGACUUUAUCGCCAAGAAUAAGGAGAUACCAGUCGUACUGGUUGCCAAUAAAGUGGACAUUAAUGCUGUCACACCCACUACAGACGGCUCAUACGCGAGCCAAGUGCGACACCUGGUCAAUACGUACCCGUUUGUAGUGUCAGAGGUGGAAUGCUCGGCGAAAAACUUUACACAAGUGGCACAAGCGUUUUUCUUGGCACAGAAGGCAGUGCUUUAUCCUGUUGCGCCACUUUACAAUGAAAAGAAACGACAAUUGCAGCCCAAGUGUCUUAAGGCGAUCAAGCGAGCGUUUCGUCUGUAUAACCGCGAUCGCAGCGGUAUCCUCAGUCGAGAGGAGCUCAAUGAGUACCAGUAUGACUGCUUUGGUGUACGCCUUCUCUCCACGGAGAUUGAUACAUUGAUGGAAUAUCUUUCAUCUGAAGUGCCGUCCGGAGUAGCUCCUGACCGCAGUGGACUUCUUGUAGAGGGAUUCACUUAUCUAUGGUGGCUUUUUAUCGAUCGCAAUCGGCCGGAAUCAGGCUGGCAAGUGCUGCGAAGUUUAGGAUACAACAAUGAUCUGCACCUGGAAAUUCCUCCCGAACGUCUGCAGCUACCCUCGUACGAAAAGGAUCAAUCUGCGCAGCUCACUUCCCAAGCGGUCGAGUUCCUGACGAACCUAUUUCGUCAGUUUGAUGCGAAUAAGGAUAAUAACAUUGCAGAGAAUGAGGUUGAAGCAAUAUUCUCCAUCUGUGAGGAUGAGUGUGCGCCCUGGGCAACAUGCACAUCUACUUUGUCGCCGCCGUUGUAUGAAAAAAACAUGGUGGACGGCAAAUCCACGCUUUCACUCGCAGUGUGGCUGGCUUGCUGGAGCUUCGUGGCUCAAGAAAACCCGCAAAAGCUUCUUGAGACACUAUUCUAUUUGGGUUACAACGACAAGCUUUCCCCAGCAAUUGAGUUUGUGAAGGGUCGUAGUCUGACGCGCAAUGCAGCAAGGAUCGACCGUAACGUGGUCUCGUGCUACAUAUUUGGUUCACCGAGCUCGAGAAAGAAAGACUUUGUUCGCACAUUUGCUGGUGGGGAAGAUAAAGCUUAUGCAGAUGACGAACAGCUUAUUCUACGUAGUAUCGGUGCUGUUCCAGACCGGGACACGACGAAGUAUCUUUUUAUCACAGAAGCGUUGUCAGACGACGAGAUUGAAAUGAAAGCGGAUGUUUUGCUGUUGGUGCUGAACCCUGAGGAUGAGCUGAGUAAAGUGUUUGUGGAAGAGCUGGACAAGAAGUUGCCUGCAUCGAUCCCGCGUGUGGUGAUUAGCUAUAAGCCGGAAACACACGAAGAAUGCGUGGAGAAUGUCAUGGAGAACAGUGAUGAAAGCAGCGUUUUGGUAAAAGAAGAGCCCGUUGAUUUUGCGAUUGACGCACUGCUGAAGCAGUACUCGACGUCACUCAAGUGCUACAAAGGUCACUGCGUGAAGGAAGAGGUCGCUCGUGUCCUCGUAGCCACUGCCUUGCGACCGCCGAAGAAUGCCCGCUCCAAGUCAUCAGGGAUCUGGCUGCCGGGCCGAAAGACUGGCAUUGGCGUAAUCGGCUUGACCGCUUUUGCGGCCGUCAUUGCGUUCGUCGCGAAGCCCGAGGAGAGUAAGGCAGUCCUGAACGACUUGGUGUCCAAACUGCGACGUUGA